AUGUUGAACCCUGUGGCCCUACCAUUGUCCCCAUCCUGCCAUGACGCCAUUUCUUGGUCCCCGGACGGCGAGAUUGCUAUCGCUGCGGGUGAAUACUUCCAGGUCCUGACACCCAAAAAUGGCCCUGAUGAUGAUGCGGCCCCCAACUCAACUCAAGAUUGGCUGGUGGCUCGUGUUAGAGCUAACUUGUUUACGAACUCUGAAUGGCCGAGCUACCUUCCGGGAAAUCGAGAUGAUUUUUCGGUCGCCGCAGACCUUUCAGAAAGCAAUGUUGUCAGUCUGGCUUGGUCACCAGCAGGUCUAGGCAAGUAUCGGCGUAGUGUGUUAGCCGUGCUGACGUCGAAUCUGGUACUGUCCCUCUGGGAGCCCAUUGGACUUAAGAAGCAAUGGACUAGGGUUGCAGUCGUCAAUCAUAUGUUUUGGCCACAGCUGCCGCCGUCACAGGACCCAGAUAGUCAUGGAUUUCGGAAGGUUUACAUUCGAUCUUUCACCUGGUGCGAGUCUUUGAAGCCUUCAACGCCUGCCGCUGGCUCUUCCUUUCUACAUUCGCAUGAAAGCCGCUGGGGAAUUCCUCUGCUAACAGUGGUGAAUGACCUCAAUGAAGUCAUGCUAGUGCGGGUCCGCAGAUCAGACCCAACUAACAGCCCUUCAAAGCCUUAUGAUCUUCAAAUCCUGGCGCUUCACUGUCUAAAGAACAUGGAGACGAAGGGCGGUCGGGUCUGCUCUGGAUCAUUAUUUGAGAAAGCAAUCAGAGAGAGGCAACGUACCACUGAGCUUUCCUGUGGUCCGUGGCAGAUUUCACCCUCGACGAGUCCAGGCAACUUUGGCUGCGCAGUCGCGAUGAUAGCUGCAGUAUGUGGAACGCAGCUUCGCCUAAUGAAACUCGAAGUCACUAUUGGAAGCUCUCUCGGAGAGACGUCACAACGGUAUAUGUUAGUCAGCGAUCUGACCGAGCAUCCUUUGGACAAGUUGAAUGAGAAAUGGGCAUAUCACAAUAUCGCUGGCCCUCUUAGGUGGCUCCAUACUCAGAGAUCGUCCACAACCAUUGCUCUGGCAGUGGGUGCCAUGGCAGGAUUCAUAGCCAUAUCCAUGCCCUAUGCUGCAUACACGGGUAGCGCUACCAAUUUUAAUGCCAUUGGAUUCCAUGAUUACCCGAUCUAUGAGCCAGAAACCGAGGACAACAAGGGCCGCCAAGUAAGGCACCUAGAGCCGAUUUCUGCAAUGCUCACUUCCAUCAAUCAAGAAAGCGACACAUGCAAGCUCCACGUAGGCACGCUCGGUGGAAUUGGCGUAGUAACAGAACUUCGCCAACUUCAAAGCGGCGUUGCUUUGCAGCAGCCAAAAUGGAAACGCAUGAUUGAAGAGUUCCAUGAUGAUUAUGACGUGGAGCACGAUUUGGGAGGAAUGUCAGUCUCGAGGAUCUGGGGACUCGCAAGCCAUCACAACAUGACUGCAGCUAUUUUCACUUCACAUCCCACGGACAUGAUCGAGUAUCGCAUCACCUCUGACGACAGGUCUACGAUUGUUUUUUCAGACGAGGGCGAACUCACGAGAAACGCCCAAGCCCCAUUUGCGGCGCACAUCCCCGAUGGCCAGGCCUCCAAUCACGACCAGACAGGGGAAGUGAUACGUUUUGUGCUACCUGGUGACGAUGGCAACAUUGAAAAUGACACGGAGAGCCAACGCCUAAUUUAUGCUGUUGCCUGUCGAGCCAUUGUGGGAGAAGAGGACAAGUCGCUUCGACUUCACGCUCGGCGGUCUUUGGAGCGUCUGGCCGUAGUGACAGGCGCAGAUUUGAGCGAUGAUAUUUCCAAAUGCAACAGCGAGCCCUCCCCAAUAUCUGCGAAGACUAUGGAUCAUCUCGCUGGACCAGGCGGUCACAUCUACGAGAAGUGUGAAGUUUGCGAUGCGGCAAUUGGCUGGCCGAAGGCCCAGUCGGCUCAGUGCGCCAAUGGUCAUGUUUGGGAACGAUGUGGACUUUCCUUCCUUGCCAUUCAAGAACCUGGCAUAUCCAAGUAUUGUUUUGUCUGUCGCAAAGAAGCCCUCGAUGAAGAACGCGUGGCAUGCGUGCGUGGGGGGAAACAAGGUCGAACAUUUGACGCUCUAUUUGAGACCUUCGAUACCUGCCUGCAAUGUGCAGCUAAAUUUCAGGCCAGUUACUAG